AGCGAGAGAACGGACGAGAACAUCGAUGGAAAACUUUAGGCAUUUUCAUUUUCAUUCACUUUGGGUGAAUUGGUCAAUCGAUAUGUGUGUAAUAUUCGGUCGAUUAGGGUGUUUUACAUUAAGAAUUUUUUCACUGCGUUAGAAUCGACGAAAAAUGUGAAUUCUAGGAACUUUCGUGUUUGAUUAUAUAAAAGCUGAACAAGAAAAUAUUGGAUAUUUCAUAUCGGGAAAAGCUUUACCUUUCUCCCUUAUAAUGGAAGUGUGUGUAAAAAUCGGGUUGUGAAAAUGGAAAGGAAAGGAAAUUUUUUAUCUGUUAUUGAUUAGAGUGCAGUUUGAGACACGGGUAUAUAUCGGAAUUGUUCUUAACGGAUCGUGACCUGCGAAUGUUAUUGGAUUAAUAUUCUCUGCCAGUUUCACAAGGAGAGUAGUGUACCAGAACUUACGUUCUAAAGUUUUUUCCUCAUUUCUGACAGCAAUAGUAGGCUGUAAAAUAGCACAAAAUGCAGCCUCCUCCACGGAAAGGAAAUUAUACAAAAUUUCUGAAGAAUCUACACUCGGAACAAUUAGCCAAGCUUGCACUAAAAAAUCAAAAUGAGUGCGAACUCCUUGAGGACAUCCGCCAGUUUACGCUCAAGCGUUCGGCUAUCGAAAAGUCGUACAGCGAAGCACUAUUGAAAAUCUCAUCGGCAUAUCUCAACAAGAAACAAGCCUGCAUACCAGAAAUUAAAAUGGAUGGAGCUGAAGAGAAAUGGAACAUGUGGAGCGUUUGGCAGACAGUGUUGGAGGAGAACGAAAAGCUUGCCCGUGCACGUCUGGCCGCUGUCGAGGUUUUUCAGCAACAAAUCGCAGAUGAAGCAAAAUUACUCCGGAGUGGUAAGUUAGGAAGUAGCAAAAAAUGCAUCGAACAUCUCGGACAGGUUCAGAAAGAACUCCAGCUCUCCGUGCAGGACAUAGAUAAAACGAAAAAGUGUUACUUUGACGAAGAACAUUGCGCCCAUGAUGUACGCGACAAAGCAAGGGACAUUGAAGAAAAAUUGAAGAAGAAAAAAGGAUCAUUUUUCCAGUCGAUAACGUCGUUGCAGAAAAACAGCGCACGAGUGACAUCGCGCAAAGAGCAACUCGAGGAAAAAUCGACGGGUGCCCGAAAUGAUUACAUUUUAAGUCUGGCGUCGGCUAAUGCACAUCAAAAUCACUAUUUCACAAUUGAUUUACAAACGACGAUGGCGACGAUGGAAAACUACGUUUACGAACGAGUUGCCGAUUAUUUAGCUCUGAUCGGUCGCACUGAACUGUUAACGUGUUCAGCAACGCAGAACUCAUUUGGGAAAAUCCGUGACCAAGCGCAACAGUUGACGCGUGAGUACAACCUGCAGUGCUGCUACCUGUAUUAUCCAGUACUGAAACAACAUAUUCAAUACGAGUUUGAAGCAUGCGACAAUGAUCCAGUCAGAAAGAUUACGGCAGAUCACGAAUCAGCCGCAGAAACAUUGACUAGGGAAGGUAAACGUUGGGCUGGGCGUGUAGCACGCGAGAACAACGUGAUUAGGGAAAAUGCGCGCAAAUUAGCUGUGUGUACAGCAUUGCGUGAAGCAGGCCAUCGUAAUGAUCCUAAUGAUCAAAAUGGACCCGACCUGGAAACGAAAAUCGAAGAUUUUCGCGAAAAUAUUCGAAAAGCAGAAACGGCCAAGUGCAAGGCUGAGGCUCGAUUGGAGUGUCUUAGAUGCGGAGGAAUCAACGUUGACGAUUGGUUACAAGAAGCUGAAACACUCAGUGUUCAAGAAAUGCCACGCUCGGCAAGCUCGUUAUCUAUGCGAACCGAUGCUUCAGGGCAAGGGGAGAAUCCAAGUUCUGAUUCAUUUUAUGACAGUGAUAAUGCUGAGCAGGAUCAGCCGUUAUCCGAGUCGUCGCCGGCAUCGAAGCAACCCGAGCCACCAACAGAUGAAUUCGUGGAAAGCGAUGAGGAUGAUGAUUUCGAAGUAGAACAGGAGCGCCAAAAGAUUGAACAAAUUUCUCACGGUUGGGACGAUCCUAUUCAGGUAGACUGGGGAGCGGAAGAAGCAGCAGCUGCUGCCGCUGCUUCUUCUGCAGGCGCUACAAUACAGCAACCGGCGGGACAAACAUUCAAGUGCACGGCACUAUAUUCUUACACAGCGCAAAAUCCUGAUGAAUUGACAAUUGUUGAGAGUGAACAGUUAGAGGUAGUUGGUGAAGGAGAUGGUGAUGGGUGGCUUCGAGCUCGUAACUAUCGCGGGGAGGAAGGUUUUGUUCCACACAACUAUUUAGAUGUGGAACGGGAUACACCUGUAGAUACUCACACUCCAGCGCAACUUUCAACACAGAUAUCAUUCUCUUCUGUCGACUACACCGUGGACAAUGAGGAUCAAGAUCAAAUGCAAGAUUCCGGCCAGUCACCGGAUCAAAUAUCAGUGAUCUCGGCUCCAAGAAAAGUACAUCAAAUGUAUUGCAUUGCAUUGUACGAUUAUGACGCAACAGCUGAGGAUGAGCUGACCUUCGAAGAAGGACAGAUUUUCAAACUAAUCACGAAGAGCCCUCACGGUGUAGAUGACGGAUGGUGGGAAGGUGAGCUGAACGGAAAAAUCGGCAACUUUCCCUCAUUGGUCGUAGAAGAGUGCGAUGAAAUCGGCGAGCCGUUGACUGACGCUGAGGACGAAUCUCCGCCACCAUCUGCUCCGCCAUCAUUUGCGGCACCUGCACCACCUCCGAUGGUUCUUCACGAAGCAACGCCUCCGGAGGGUGAGAGUCCAAAUCUAGAUAAAAAUAAUUCGGUGCCCGAAGUUGAUCGGUUCGAAUUUGAGUUGAACAACGAUCAACACGAUAAAUAUGGAUCACAGUUUUCGGCCCCACCGCCAUCUCAGCCACCACCAGUGGUUAUAUGUGAGGAUCCAGAGGCAGAGGAGAUGGAAUCAAGAGCAGAUGCAACAGCAGCUGGUGCUAGUGAAGAUUCAAAUCAGCUAAACUUUGCUCACAUUAUCGUAACGGCUGCCACUCCUAUGCACGAUGAACCUGAAAAGAAAUUCCUUCCGCCAUCUGAAGAGCAAGAAGCGGACCAGGAGGAUCAAACGACGGAGAUAAUCGAAAAGCAGGAACAGGAAACGCAAGAAGUUAGUGCAAAGGAGAAAUCCAAAGUAGAAUCUCCACCGAAAGAGCAACCACAGAAACAGCAGGCGCCACCAACAAAACCACCAACACCGCCAAAGCCUGCUAAGCCACCGUCACCGCCAAAACCGGCAAAACCCGCAACACCGCCAAAGGAGAAGUCAAAAUCGCCCCCGCCAUCAGUACAGGACUCAAUAGAAGAGGAUCCUGAAGAGGAGAACUUACCCCCUCCAAUUGAAGAACCUGCAGCUCCAUUCGAAGCCACUUUCGAGGCCAACUUUGAAGCCAAUUUUGCUGUCAAUUUCGAGGAUGCGUUCGGCAACAAUCAAACAGAAAUACCGAAACAGGUGGUUGGCGGUCGAGCAAGCAUACCGGAGGAACUGGAACCACAUCAGCUCGCGCGCUUGCAGAACCUCAAAGAGUCUAAUGCAUAAUGACUUGGCUAUUAAUAUUAGUCGAUUAUUCCCAAAGUAAGCCUGACCAGAAAUAAAACAAUCCGGCUAUUUGAAAAGAGAAUCAAUAUUAAUUGAACUAGGUGUAUAAACUCAAUUCAUGACUGCUAAGAAACCCCAACAGCACAGAUGACCGUAUUUCAAUACGUUUCUGAUUGAUAUGUACUUGACUGUAUACAUGGUGAUUAAAAAAAUCGAUUUAUGCUCGUCGGUAGUUAGUUAAUAUAAUAUCUGCCAUAUAUUCGUUCUCAACCUGUUAUCCUUACGCACACGACAUUCCGUGGUACAAUCACUAUUGACGUGGUCCAUUAUUCAAAUUCAACUAAAUUCGAUGUGAACAAGAACAUGUCAUUACAGUGAAGCUGUUCAGCCAUUAUUACAGGACCAGUAGUGUUAAAUGCGUAAAUUGUAGGCCUUUUAAUACAAUUUUUUCCGCGCAUGUCAAGUGCAAGUCGCGUCUUUCUUCUGACGGACAAUUUCCAAACCGGUGCACGCUACAUACAAUGUGAUAAAUCAAUCCAAUAUUUUAGAAAUUUACAAGUUCAAUGUUUUAAAUCAGUCCAAUUUACAGCCUAUAUUGGCUACAUUCAAUGUAUCUAAUGCUGUAAAAUGUAAAAUAAGACAUAAACUGCAAGAAAUUCUUUUAAUGAUAACUUAAAAUCCUACUUAUUUUCCAUAACAACCACCAUUGCCACCAAUCAGACGGGAAUCGUUGAAAAUAGACCAGUUUCGAUAGUGUCAACAACUAAAUCAAUUCAAACCAUAAAAUAUGAUCGAAAUACAAUGUUUUGCUAACAAUUAUAAGAUAGACCAUUCUAAACUGUUGAACAAAAACCCAACUAAUGCCUAUAACAAACUAGUCUAUAGUAAAACCUAACAUCUAUAUGAGAAAUGCGCAUUCUCAGCUUAUCAUGUACAGCGCGAUCUGAAGCAUAGUUAAACAUAUACUAACAUUAAUCGAAUAGAGACAUAAACUAUUAUCGAAAAAGCUUUCUAUUUACUAUCCAAAUAACCACGAAAUCAAUUCUAUUGCGUACAUCGUAUUAGUUCAAAUGUAGUCUCAUCGCGUUAGUACGUAGUAUCCAACUAAACGUUCAGUUACGGUAGUUUGCAUCCUCCUACAUGGAAUCAUUUAUAAACCCAUACAUAACAGAUGUUGAAACAUGUUUUGAAAUAAUAAAGUUAGCAAUUUAUCGAUGAAAGUUAAAACACUAGAAGUUUCAGUUAUUGCUUGAAGCUAUAAAUAUCUAUUAGACAAGUACAAAUACUAGAUUUACUUUUAUUCGGAGCUCCAUCCAAUCGAAUAGCAAUUGGGUCCACAAACCUCUUGUAACAUUGUAGGUUAUUUCGUUUCUCCUGCUAAAUUUUCAAUACUUGCUGCAAUGGAGUGCAUUCUAUUAUGAUUGAUCUUCACUACAGACACUUUACUCUUCAGUGUUUAUUUAACAUCACGCUUUGAAAACGAGCCUUCGAGGAGUGAAAUGCCUGAGUUAAAUAUUUGAAACACUGCUCUUAUUAUCAUUCCUCAAUUUAAUCCUUUCAUGUCCAUGUUGUUUAUAACGUUUUUAAACAGCUUUAACUUUUGUUUUAGGCAAGAUUUGUUCACAAAAAUGAGUAAGACUGGUAACUAGGACUAUUUUCUUUCAUUUGACCGCUUACAGUUAUAAUUAUCUGUAGAAGUACACUCAGGUUUUUUUACGCUGGGGAUAUAGAAGGCGUAAAUGAAAAUCGCGUGAAUUUCAAAAUCCGCGUAAAUGAAGACGGCGUAAAUUUCAAAAUCCGAGUAAAUGAAAACCACGUAAAUUUGAAAAUCCAAGUAAAUGAAGACCGCGUAUAUUUAAGAAUCCGCGUAAAUGAAAACCACGUAAAUUUUAAAAUCCGCGUAAAUGAAAACCGCGUAAAUUUCAAAAUCCGAGUAAAUGAAAACUACGUAAAUUUGAAAAUCCACGUAAAUAAAAAUCGCGUAAAUUUAAGAAUCCGCGUUAAUGGGAAACUCGUUAAUUGAUACCGCGUAAAUUCAAAAAUCCGCGUAAAUAAACACCGCCUAAAUUUCAAAAACCGCGUAAAUUUCAAAAUCCGCGUAAAUGAAGACGGCGUAAAUUUCAAAAUCCGAGUAAAUGAAAACCACGUAAAUUUGAAAAUCCAAGUAAAUGAAGACCGCGUAUAUUUAAGAAUCCGCGUAAAUGAAAACCACGUAAAUUUUAAAAUCCGCGUAAAUGAAAACCGCGUAAAUUUCAAAAUCCGAGUAAAUGAAAACUACGUAAAUUUGAAAAUCCACGUAAAUAAAAAUCGCGUAAAUUUAAGAAUCCGCGUUAAUGGGAAACUCGUUAAUUGAUACCGCGUAAAUUCAAAAAUCCGCGUAAAUAAACACCGCCUAAAUUUCAAAAACCGCGUAAAUUUCAAAAUCCGCGUAAAUGAAAACCGCGUGAAUUUCAAAAUCCGAGUAAAUCAAAACCGCGUAAAUUUGAAAAUCCACGUAAAUGAAGACCGCGUAAAUUUAAGAAUCCACGUUAAUGGGAACCUCGUUAAUGGAUACCGCGUAAAUGCAAAAAUCCUGGUAAAUGAAAACAACGUAAAUUUCAAAAACCGCGUAAAUUUCAAAAUUCGCGUAAAUGAUAACCGCGUAAAUUUGAAAAUCCACGUAAAUGAAGACCGCAUAAAUUUAAGAAUCCGCGUUAAUGGGAACGUCUUUAAUGGAUACCGCGUGAAUCCAAAAAUCCGCGUAAAUUUCAAAAACCGCGUAAAUGAAAGCCGCGUAAAUUUCAAGAUCCGCGUGCAUGACAACUGCCUAAAUUUCAAAAUCCGCGUAAAUGAAAACCACGUAAAUUUCAAAAUCCUCGUAAAAAAUACCGCACAAAAAAACCUGAGUAUGAAGUGAUAGCUAUUUGUAGGUUGUCUGAAAGGAAUCCGCUGGAGUAGUGCUGCCAGGUCAAUUUUCAGUUAGCGGUGCAAAAUGAGAUUUUGAUAUAUCAUCAAUAUCUCACAAUAUUAAAGAAAACUGAUAGAACCUAUCAAUUAGACUGUCUACGACUGUCUUUUCCACGCAUUUGGGCUAUUGUAGAUAUUCUAGAAGAAUUUUAUUGGACAGUUGCGCGUUAGAAAAAAAAUUGAGCAUGAAAUGGCUACACACCAGUAGCUCAGGCGACGCAAAAAAUGCUAGUAUCGCAAAAUAAAAGGUUUCUUCCAGUACACGGAAGUUGCUCCAGAGCAAACAGGAGCAAAAAAAAUCGCUCCUUUUUAUUCCGGUUUGCUACCAGAAGAAGAAAAAAAGAAGAAGAGUACAAGAACGAUUUUCUCCCUGUUUGUUCCGGAGUGCUUCCACUUUCUCUUGGUACUAGAACAAACCUAGUUUUCUUUGCUCCCAAUCUAAUUAUUUUGAAAUUCUCAAAGUAGCAGCUUUUAUGACAAAAAAUCAUUUUGUUGUUGGAUAAUCAUAAUCUUCUGACUUAUAUAUAUAACAAGAUCCUCGACUAGAUGUUCGGGCGAACGAGGAACUAGGAAAUCUAGCUAGUGAAUGGAAGGAAAAUUGAUUUGGCUCGAUAUAAAUAUCCGAAUAUAAAUUCGUUAAAAAUCACCAUCGCAUUCAAUUUCGCAUACGUAAAUAACCAUUAGGUUUGUUCCAGUACCAGGAGAAACUGGAAGUAUACUCCAGAGCAAACAGGAAGAAAAUCUUUCCUCUCUUUCUUCUUCUUCUGGUAGCAAAUCGGAAUGAAAAGGAGCAAGAAUUUUUUGCUCCAGAGCAACAGGGAGUAACUUCCGUGUACUGGAACAACCCUAUUAUAUCCAAGUUUGUCGGCAAGGUACGUAUACCGAUUGUAGGAAAACUGCUAAUCGAUCGUAGCGCUAGUUGGUGUCUUACUGAUCGUUAUGUCAUUUAAAGAUGAUUUAUAUUAUUUCACACAUUGAAAACUUGACUUGUCACCGCUUGAAGUUAAUACGCUCAGAAAAAGUUGAAUAUUGAGAAUACAUACAAUUACGAAGACAAUCGGAAAUGAUGUUACUAAUCUUCCAGUUGAUUAACUGGCUGCUCACUAUUAUAGAUAACGAUAGGUUUUGCCAACGAAUUUCCAUAUAUUUUAAUUUAAAUAUGUUUGAUUAGCUAACUAGAAGUAACAAAACUGAGGUUAGUGCUUAACCAAAUGCGCAUUCGAUUGGACAAGGUUCCAGAAAAGUAUUUAUGCAGGUCUAAUAUCUAUACGACCUUGAAGCGCUUAAACAACCCGUCACCCAAAAUUGCUGAAACGUAACUAUUGAAACAGCACAGAGUCUAUAGUACUUGUAAUGCGUUGGUAUUCUGUGUAGCAAUAAUUAUUUAGGGAAUGAUAUUAAAAUAUAUACAAGUUUCCUCAUCAUCCUCAUCGUGCGUGACAGAUAGAUUUGGAAAAGGUUAAAAACGUGUUUACAGACACAAAAUAAACAUUUCACAUGUGCAUCGGAAGGUUAUAAAGGCUGCAAUUAGGCGAUAUAAAAAUGUGUUAAAAUAACGUACAAGAUAAAGUUGAUAAGAACUAAACCAUGAAACCUCUGUUACUCUACCACGAAUCAACUUAUUAUUAAAUGAUUAUGUAUCUGAACCAUCUGCAAAAUUGUCAUAAACAGAAACUGAAGUAAACGGAACAUACAAAAUAAGUCAACAA